AUGGCGCGUAAAGGGCAAGUUUCUAUACAAGACUCUGUUGAGACUAAUGAAGAGUUUGAGGAAUACCUGGCAGCUCAUUAUAAUCAGCUGAUAUGUAUGGAAGUAUAUUCCGAGUUCUGUGGCCCGUGCCUGGCAACCGGUAAUGCUAUCAGGAAAGGCAAAUUAGAAAUUGGUCAGGACAAAAUAGCAAUGGUGAAGGUACUAGCCGAUAAAGUAGAUGCCCUCUCGAGGUUUAAAGGCAAAAGUGAACCAGUAUUUCUUUUUGUUACGAAGGGAAAACUGACACGGGCAAUGUUUGGCGCGAACGGAAUCGAAUUAUGUCGCCUCAUCGAGGAGGAGCUGGGUCUGCUUCAAGCGGAGUUGGAAACUGGUUUGGUGCGGGCUAAACAGGAGAUUGCUGAAAUGCUGCCUGAAGAAUCGGCGAAGAUAGAAGCUGACACAAAGUUACAAGAGGAAACUCGAGAGGCGAGAGAACGCUUGCGCAUUCUGACGCUGGCCGCCAGAAAGAAGAGAAUAGCAGAGAGGCUGGCACGCCACGUGCGUCGUCUGAACUACAUCAUGUACUGGCCACAUUGCCAUCGUGCUCACUACGAUCUGUACGAGAAGUGGGACCUUAUCAAUAUUCAGGUGGGGGCAAGGGAAACUGUUCAACUGACGGUGGAGGGCGUAAAGGAAGCGUUAUACAUGAGUGACGUGGAACCGAAUGAGGCGUGCCUGCACGCGCUAAUGAAUGGCGAGGUGCUUGUCGUACUCUUCAAGAUGUUCGAAACUGAUAACCGGGAUUUCGUUAAACUACUGCGACACGCUCUUUACGAAGAAAUCCCAGUGCCAAAGGAAGACGUUCCACCAGAGAAACAGGUGCCUCUCGUACCAGCAUUCGAGCGCUACGCAGCCGUUAGUAAAACUGCUCGAGAAGUACGCAGGGAGCGGUACGAGGCUAAGAUGCAAAAGUUGCGGGAAGAAAAAGAAGAACGAGAUCGCAUUGCAGCAGAACAGGCGCGUUUGGCGCGGGAGGCUGAAGAGGAGAGACUUCUAAAGGAGAAGCAGCGACAAGAAGAGGAACGUAUGGCUAGAAUACAAGCAGGGUUACCAGCAGAUCCUGAACCUGAAGCACCUGAUGAAGAAGUUGCUGAAGAAGAAGUCGCAGGAGAAGAAGUCGUAGGAGAAGAAGUCAUAGGAGAAGAAGUCGUUCGUGAAGAACUCGUUGAAGAUGAAGCAGAACAAGAGAAAGUUGAGGAAGAGGAAGAAUUUCACUCCGAUGUAUCUGUGGAAGGAGAGGACUACAUUCCUCCGGGUGGUCUCUUCGUGCCAGGUCUUUAUACACCACCCAAUGAUCUGGCUAAGGCUAAUGGUCUCGCUUUCUUUUUCCCUAAAAUGAUCCAAGAGAUAACUGCGUUAGAGUUAGAGUCGGAGUACCUGCCACCACAUGUGCUUGUGAUGUUCACCAUAGAUAAGCGUCACGAGGUCCGCGAAGCUAUGCAGCAGUUUGCGACCGACGUACUCCAUGUUGGUAUAUUCGAGGGAGAUAAUCCCUUUACAGCGGAGCACCUCGCAUAUACCAUCAAGCAAUACGACAAGAUGGACCGAGUUCGACGUCACAAGGACCGUCUAGCAUUAAUGGUGUCCCGGAAGCGAAGUUUUGCCUUACUCCAGCUCGCUGGCCUUAACCCGUGCUACAUCAGCAGCGACGUGACUUCGGGUGAAAAAGACUGCCUGGCGUUAUUCCCAGUAGGAUAUGGGGACGACUAUAUAGAAGAAGAAAGUGUCAUCGAAGAGGAGAUAGCGGUCUGA